AUGCCUCCAACAACUGAACAGUCACAGGGAGGACAACAGCCGGACACCCACCCCGAGUCCACCGAUGAUCCUUCAGGAAUAAACACGAGCGAUGACCAGCCCAAGCCGAUCUGUUCCAUCGAAAGCCUACCAGCCGAACUCAGCCGUAAAAUUAUCCUCAAUCUGAUAGACCUGGGUGGUCUGGAAGCUCUGGGGGCGCUCGUCUUCGCCUCGCCGGGCUACUUUCGGCUAUAUCUACUUGAACGAAGAAUACUGCUCCGGACAGCUAUCCAAAAAUCGCUGGGCAAUUACGUGCCCGAAGCUUUCGCUGUUCAGGCGUCCGCCUCCCUUUAUCGCCAAAGAAACCCCGCGGUACACCUGAUCACUAUUACGGGGGUGAUUACUACCUUAACAAACUACCGGCUGCAUGACGACCAGCACCCGGACACUCCGAAUAUGGAGGACGCGCUGGACAUGAUGCCGGAGGAUUUUCUCACCGGUAUGGCGAGCUUCUACCGCUCGGUCGCCCGCCCCCUGGUACGAGAAUGCGCGGCCCGCUUCCUCCAACACAUCGACCCGUCACUAGAAGUCGGCGAGUUGUCCGCGAUGGAGCAAACGCGCCUACUACGCGCCCUUUACCGGUUUCAACUAUGGUGUAAUAUGUUUGGAGACGGGCGACGGGCAUCCCGCAAGGCACCUCCGCAUAAACCACAGCACGCCAGGCAAUUCUUCUCCGACCCGUUCAUCGUGGCUAUCACGGAGGACGUGUUUGAGAGCCAACCUGAAGCCGUUGCUACCCGGCCACCCUCACCGAACCCUCCAGUCGACUGGCCUAUACAGUUAUGUAAAGGCACGGCCGAACGGGGCCUGUGGCUCGUUCACCGGGUCCUGAACAUCAACGACCAUAAUGAGCUCGUUCGGACCAUGGCAACUUACCAUGGACGCAAGGCGACGUUUGACGAGGAACUCGAAUCUCUCGACUUGGUAGUCGGAACACCCAGCUUUCUCGACGGUUGUAUAACCCGAUGGCAGAUCAGAUAG